CGGCCGGGCGCCCGCCGCCAGUUGCCGCGGCGAACGCUAGUCGCGAGGACCGUUGUACGCGCCGCGAUUCUACUUUCAAACGUUUUGCGACCAUCAUGCCGCGAGAUACGCUCAUAUCUGACCAAACUGUUAAAAAACUUAUCGCGGAGGUCCAGAAGAGAGAGUGUCUGUGGAAUCCGCACAAUGAUCUGUACAACGACAGAUAUCAAAUGGCUAAAGCCUGGCUGGAGAUAGCGGACUUGUUGCAACUGCCAGAAGAACGUCUUCGUGUUAAAUGGAAAUAUCUCCGCGACCUAUUUAAGAAAGAAGUCAAAAAGUCGGGCUCCGGGGCUGACUACACAGGGAAAUGGCGACACUUCGAUCGCAUGCAGUUUAUUGACAUCACCAAGGCUAACGGAGAAGCUGAAGACAGAGAGAGUACCAAUAUCAGUCGCGUUACAACAAAGAAAGAAGUUGAUGAUGAAUUUGAAUACGAAGUUGAAGAGGAAGAACCAGUAGGAACUAACGAAGUAGAAGUGUAUCUAGAGGAGGGCUACUCAGGCGAUCACAUCCCGGAGAAACGAGCAAAGCUCUCCUCAGACGAAGAUUACGAUGUAAUGUUCUUAAAGUCUCUGGCCCCAUUUUUCAGACAACUAGAACCAAUGAGGAAGUUAGUAGUGAGAAGUAAAAUGCAGGAUAUGUUGUUGAAUGAGAUGGCUGCGCAGUCGUCUGCUAACCACCUCCAUAAUAAUAAGAGCUAGUGGUAGUAAUUGACUGGAGUCUUGAAGGAACAUAUAGAGAGGAUACUGACAAAUUGAGCGGGACUGCCCGAAGACUAUUCAAGAAAAUGGAGUAAAUUACAAUUCUGCAAAGAAAAUCAGUCAGUAGACCGAUGAUUUGAAGGCGACGGGCAGUGAAUGCAUACGGGCUGCCUAUACCAGGAUGGUUGGCGCUCAUUGGGUGCUGCCUACGUUAAGCAUGAGAUGGCAAUGAUGAAGGUGAUUAAGAAUGUGACUUUUCAUACCAUCUACAAAAAGUGAACAAGCCAAGACGUUCGGUCUGAUUGAACACUGAUGAUUGAUCUCUCUAAUAGACAAUUACAUGGAAGACCAAUUACGUUAGGAUAAUUACAUAGAAUCCCACGGUGUGAUAUGACAGCAGAUAUGUUUUGUCCAGGCAGUGUGAGAUUUCUAACUCUGCUGCUCAAUAACGUUUAUAGUUCAGUAGCCAGAAUGUUACUAAGUUUUGGGGGAUUUGCAAAAUAAGUAACUUAGCUCCAGAUCGUGGUCUAGAUAUGUAUGUCGAUGUUAUGACAGUGGGUAUUCCAUAGGACUGUGUCUGCCAAGACGUGAUGUUUUAAUAUAGUAAUAUCAGUUUUGUUAUUUUAUCUAGGAUGAUGAAGACUGACUAAUGUACCAACUGAAGGAUACAAUUCUUCAUCGGUGCUGAUGUAGUAAGGCGGCCAACCGUCCCGCAUUCUGCGGGACCGUCCCGCAAUGCUGGACGAAGUCCCGUUUUGAAAUUAUUAGUAAAAUAGUCCCGCAAAACGUUGUACGCGUCCCGCAUGUCCCGCAUCCCUAUUUCUCUACCACGCUUCUACACAACACCCACCUGCGUGCACGCUCAACAGUGCAGGAACACAGAUUACCUAUAAUAUAAUCUCGUUCUCUUUAUUUCUACCUACUGAACUCGUGAGGCCUAAUGAUUUUGAAAAUAAGACAUUAGUGCACGCUGUGACACGAUAUUGAUAGGUUAAAUUAUAGCUUUUUGCCUUGUUGCAGGCUCAAUUUCUUCCACCAGAAAAGCUGAAUUUAUUUUUUAAUUUAUAUAGUUUUUUUUGUUUUGUUUCAUAUAUUUUCCCCAUGUGUCGUCACUCUCUCAGAAAGUCGAGUCGAGUCUCUGGCAGAAAUUGCCGUUAAUUGCGGCAGAUUGCCAUAAAAAAUAGCUUUUUGCUACGGUUUCUAUUUUAUCAGUUCCGUCCG